AUUUUCUUUCCAAAAAUUCCUAGGGCAUUUUUAUCUAAUAUACCAUAAUGUCAUUUUUGACAAAAACGGUAGCUAAGGAUUAACGUUGAAAAUAUAAUAUGUUAUUAUUAUUAAUAAUAUUUUUUAGUAUUUAAUCCGAAACAAAAAAAAUGUUCUACCUUGGUAGAAGUAAUCUAAAUGAGCUACAGUUCUACUCCAAUACAGACGGGGCGCUGCUUUAUUUCACAAACACUCACAGACAGGGAAAAAGUGUUGAAAAAGUCGGGCAUUCAAUGAAAACAAUUCGGGGUUUUUUUCAAAUAUAUUUUUUGUUUUCUAAAUUAAUGAAACAGUUUAGUCCCCAGUGUAGAACAACGUUAUGAACAACAGCCCGGUAACAACGAUACUCCUUAACAUUAUUAGCUUGUAUCGCUAACGUUACCUGAGUGUGCUAAACUUAAGCAGUUGACGUUUCUCAAUUCAUCCAGUGUUUUGGUAAUAGGAAAAAUUCUAAGCAUGUUAAUGUUUGUACAUGUAGUCCACAUAUGCUCUCUUAGGUUUUACGACUGGUAAAUAUUUCUGUGUCAUAGUGAUGCCGAUGUGGAUCCGUUAGCCAUACAUUCUGGUCAGACGAUAUGAAAACACUGACAAAAAAUGUUGACAAUAUUUCUUUACAUUAAAGCUGAAAUCUUCACGUCUUAUUUAUUUGGGCAGCUCAGUAUAAACGUGAAAUGAUUUUAUAACACGGUAGUUAUAUUGUAUUACGCUGAAGCAAAUUUAGAAUCUAAAAUGUGAUGGAUCCCUGGGCACGUUUGGAGGAUAAAAGGAAUAUCUAUGUAUAUCAGGGAUGAGCACGAGAGACAAAACUCCCUUGUUGAAGUAGAUGAGUGUGAAUCUACCUGAUGACGUCCAAAUCAAAGACCCAGUUGGCCAAACUGCCACAGACCGAGAUCCUCAUCUAUUGGCUGCUGUCCUUUGGGUCACAUCUGUACUCCUUCUACCACCUGCACAGGUUCUCUAAAGAACAUGAGGUGCGCUUAAACAGAGAAUACCAGCUGGAACCUGGUCUUGUGAAAGGAUAUAAAAGGGACCCUUCAGAGUUUGAGUGGAGUUUUUGGACAGAAUGGGGUAAAAAGUCUUUACUGUGGACCUUCACAGGUCAUCUCAUAUUAUCCAGACUUUUGACCGUCUUCUGUACUAAGCUCAGAGUUCCGACACUCAGUGUAUACGACUUCCUCGCAGCCUGCAGUGUACUUGGAGUUAAAGGUGUCGGAGUGUUGUUGACACACAUGCUUCUCUCCUUUUCUGUGGCACAGCUGAGAAAACCUGUGCUGUCAUGGCUGUGUAUCCUGCUCCUACUGUCAACACUUUACAUCCAACCCCUUCAGGACGUCCAGAGAUCCUGGUACGACACAGAGGGGGAGUACUAUCUGCUGCUGUUCAGCGUGGCGGUCUGUGGUCUGCGCUUCAUCAGCUUCAGUCUGGAGCUCUGCUGGAGCCCUGCAGGCCCCGGCAGCAGCAGCAGCAGCAGCAGCAGGCGCCGGGGUUUGCAGCUCUGUUGGUUGUUUUCAUACACUUUCUACCAUCCUUUCUUCUACAAUGGACCCAUCAUCACAUACAAAGAUUACAAAGAGCAGAUGCAAAGACCUGCUGAGGAGAGUGGCAGACAGACGUCUGCUCUUCAUUAUUUGCUGCUCAGAUCAGGACGGAUCAUACUGUGGUGGUGCACGGCUGAGUACAUGAUCCAUGUAAUGUACAUGCACUGCAUUCAGUCUAAUGAGACCUACUUAGAAAUACUCCCUCCCUGGGCGUUGGGCGGUCUGGCUCUGGCUGUGGUCCAGUUCUUCUAUGUGAAGUACCUGGUACUGUUUGGCCUUCCCUCUAUGCUGGCUACUGUGGACGGAUUAGUUCCUCCCAAUCUUCCUACUUGUGUCAGCAUCAUGCACACGUUCACAGGGAUGUGGAGGCAUUUUAAUGAGCACCGUUUUAGGGUUUUAAUGCAAUACAUCUACGUGCCCCUCGGAGGGUCACGUCACGGCCCUCUUUAUAAGAUAUUGUCCACCGGCCUGGCCUUCGGAUUCGUCUGCUUCUGGCACGGCGGCAGUGACUACCUCCAGUACUGGGCCGUGAUGAACUGGGUCGGAGUGCUGGUGGAAAACGGACUGAGGUCGCUGUUGACUUCUUCUGUCGUUCAGUAUUUUGUCGAGCGACAUUUCUCUGCAGCCAUGAAAAGGCGUGCCGUCGCCUUCCUGUGUGCCUUCUCCACUGCCAUGCUCAUCCUCUCUAAUCUAGUCUUCCUUGGGGGGAUACAUGUGGGUAGAAUCUUCUGGAAGCGUGUAUUUAUUCAAGGCUGGUCCACGGUGGCGCCCCCUAUGCUGGCCUUCCUCUACUGCUUUGCUCAGAUUGGACUGGAGUGGACUUCACACCCUGCUUGAAUCACCUUGACUUUGACACUCAAGCGAGAAUCUGCACGGAGCAGGAAAAACCCAGAACCACCUGCUCGGACCAAAGACCGGCUCUGACCACCGCGGAGAGUCUGGCCCGCGGCCACGGAGCAGAGACCGAGUCCUGUCCUGACUGUGGAGCCGCUCAGUGAAGAUGUCUGCAGGAUGGACGUAUCUGACCUCUGCUGGGUCAGAUACUUCUUUGCAUAUUUUUAUUGACCAUUUUUUUCCAUUUCCAUCACAGAAAAAAAUAAACUUUUCUGUACAGUUAGGACCGAGCUGACGGUGAACACAGAUUAAAACAAACCCAUUUCAGAUGACCUGAGCAGACGCUCGGUGUGAAACAUUGAAUAUUUAUAGAACGAGGUUAUAUUUUAAUGUGAGGAAAAGCUUUUAACGCUUUCCACCAAACGGCCACAUUAACCUUCCCCUCUCAGACGGACCAUGAAUAAAAAUGUGUUCUUUUCAGUGCAGUAGAUCCUGAGGAUUAAUGGGAAUCUGUUUUUAAUGGCCUGCGUCUCUUUGGAGAACGUGAUGUUGCAGAAACAGCUCCGUCUUCUUACUAUUCAUAACAUUCACGCUGCACAACGAGUUAAGCACACAGCCUGGGGGAACGGCAACCCAAAAAAAAAAAAAAAUAAAAACACGAAUCCAGGCUGGGGUGAAUUCAGAGUCGGAGCUGCUGACGAUGACGAAGAUGAUGAUGAAAUCCUUUGUUGAGAUUUUGUAAAGCGUUCCAACUAAGUUUGUUUGAUCCACAUGAGUUGCACCUCACCUUCAAAAUAAAAGUAUUAAAAAAAAA